AGUGUAUAAAUCUUAGCUUUUGUAAUUUAUCAUUUUUUUUGUUUUUUUAGGGGGAUCCAAUUGGUUGGGUGAGAACCCAUAGACAGCACCACCAGCAUUGUGAUUCUGAGAAAGAUCCUCAUAGUCCCAUUCAAGGAUUUUGGUAUAGUCACCUUGGCUGGUUGCUUGACUUCAAUUCUACUAACGAAAGGGCUGAAAUGCCAACAAAUGCUGGGGAUUUGGAGAGUCAAUUCUUCUAUAAAUUCAUUCAACGCACCUAUAUUAUACAUCCCAUUUUACUUACAGCAUUGUUGUAUGUUAUCGGCGGAUUUCCUUAUGUAGUUUGGGGCAUGGGAGUAAGAGCUGUGUUAAUGUACCACAUAACAUUUCUUGUGAAUUCUGCUUGUCACUUAUGGGGAACUCAAGUAUGGAAUACAGGCGAUCUAUCUAGAAACAAUUGGUUAGUGGCGUUGUUAACCUUUGGAGAGGGUUGGCAUAACAACCACCAUGCCUUUGAGUUUUCAGCUAAACAUGGGCUGGAGUGGUGGCAACUUGACAUAACUUGGUAUAUUGUGUGGAUCCUUCAAGCUCUUGGUUUAGCGUCUGAUGUUAAGUUGCCCACUGAAACUCAAAAAAGAAAGAUGGCCUUCAACAAUAGCUAAGUGCUGAGGGCUGAGGAGCAGUACAGUGGCAUAAUAUAUUUGUUAUUUAAAUAGGGGAUAUGAUAUUAGCUAGGGUUGUUGGUUGGAAGGUUAUUGUUUGUUUGUUUAAUUUGUUUUAAUAAAUAUGAGAAUGUCCAUCACUGCAGCAAGUAGCAAUUAUUCGAGGAUAAGUAUACAUACUAAAAGUUUUUUAAAUGCUAUUGUUAUUAUUGUUGUUGUUA